AUGGUUAGCGACACAAAAUCCGAGGAUAGUAAUAUAUCCAAAAAAUAUGUAUAUGAUGAAGAUUUGGAAAAUAUAAAAAAUGAUAAUUCGACCACAAAGGAUAAAAUAAAUGAUGAAGAAAAUAUUGUAGACAUGAAAAACGAAACGAAUGAAAAUAUUUCACAUUUAAAUUAUAAUGAAGCAUGUCCUAAUCCCUUAAUAGAAAAAGGACAUGAUGUAAUAACUCAUAAUAUACUAGAAGAAAAAAAUGAUCAAUGUAAUACAAAUAUUAUUCUUCCUAUUGUUAAAGAAUGCAAUGAUUCACAUAAAGAUAUAUCUCUUUCCAGAAAUGAAAACAAGGUGGAUUUUAAAUUAAGAAAUGAAGAGAAUGAGAAGAAAAUAUUUAAGCUGGAAGAAAUAAUAGAAGAGAACGAAAGCAAUACUGAGAGAACAGAAGGGGAUAAUUUUAUGAUGAGCAAGAUGAAAAGUAUAUUAAUAUCACAAAAUGAAGAGAUAGCUUCAUUAAAUGAAGAGUUGAAGAAAAAAUCAAAAGAGAUUUUUUAUUUAAACGAAGAGAAUAUGACAAAGGAUGAGAAAUUAGUUGAGUUAAAAAAGGAAAUUGAAUCAAAUUAUAUGCAUUUGAGGGAAUAUAAAAAUUUUCAAAAUGAAUUAGAAGUGGAUGUAAAUAAUAAAAUAUAUAGUGCCGAGAAUUAUGUGAAUAGAACAAACCAGAGGUUGAUAGAGAAUAACAUUGAUAUAAAAGAGAAGAAAUUAAAUAUUGAGAAACAGAAAAGAAUAAUAAAAGAAUUAUAUAAUGAAUUAAAUAAGAAGGAAGAAAAAAUCUCAGAAUUAAGAAGUAUAAUAGAAAGUAUAGAAUUAAAUAAUAGUCGAGAUAUAAUAAAAUAUAAACAAAAUAAUAUGGAUUUAAUAAAUCGUUUAAGUUUAAAUAAUUCAUUAAUGAAUAGCCAAAAAAUUGAAAUAGAAAAUAUGCAUAUGAAUUAUAAACAGUUAGAAGAAGAAUUAAAAAAUAAAGAUAAUGAAUUAAAAAAAUUACAUCAAAAUUUAUUAUCUAAAGAUGAAGAAAAUAAUAAAAUGGUCCAUGAUAUAAAUAGAUUAAAAUUUGAUAUGGAAGUAAGAAAUAUAGAUAUUGAUAAUGUCAAAAAAAAAAUUAAAAAUGUUAAAAAGGAAUAUGCCAUUAAUUUAAAAAAGCAAAAAGAAAGAUAUACUAAUGUAAUCAAUGAAAUUUAUAAAGAAAAAGAUGAAAUUAUUAAAAACCAUGUUGAUGAACUAGCCAAACUCUCAAAUCAUUAUAACGAAGUUGUCCUUGUCAAUGAAAAUAUAAAAAAUGAGAUGAACUUUUUGAAUGAUGAGAUUCUUAAAAAGUCGUGUGAAAUCGAAAAGCUCCAAGACAGACUUUUAGACUACGAAUCAAAAUUGUUAAUAUACGAAAAUAAUAAUGAAAUAAAAAUCUUAAAAAAAAAUGAAGAUCAUUUAAGAAAAUUAUUAAGUAAACACAUUCAUAGAAAUGAACAACUUUUAAAUACCACUUUCCUUUUACAAAAGUCCACCCUGGAAAAUAAUUCACUGGAAAAAAAAAUUAUCGAAUUAAGAGCAAAAAGUUAUAGAAAAGAUCAAGAAAUAAAAAAAUUACAAGAAACGAAAUCAAUAAGAAAAUCACCAAGUAGUAAUUGUAGCCAUAAUAGUCAGGAAUAUUCAAUGGAUAUAAUUGAUGAUCUGAAUGAAGAUAAUUAUAAUUUAAAAUAUUAUCAUAAUAAUAGUAGUAUAGUAGGUGAUCAAGAAAAUUCAGUUUAUACCUCCAAAAAAUCUUAUGAUAAAAAUAUUACUAUAGGAUCUUUGGCAGAUACUGAAAAGAGAAGCAUUAAAAUAAAAAAUACAAUUCCUCAUUCACAUAAUAAUGAAGAUCCAGUUCAUUUUGCCUUGUGUGAAUAUCUAAAUUGUUUUAAAAAAAAUAACCUUUCUAUCAAAAUUAAUAAACUAGAUGAUAAUACAUAUUUACUAAAUGACAAAAAGGUUGUUAUUAGUUUUAUAAAUGGUGACUUGUAUGUAGAAGAUGAUGCAUCUCCGAUCAAGCUGCAAGAUUAUUUAUUAAAAACGGUAGUUAGAUAA